AUGUCAGACACGACCACCACCAUCUCCGAGGCUCAACCCUCGUCGACCGCUUCGCUCAAGCUCCGCAAUCCCAAGCUCAUCCCCUCUCCCGCAACUGCCUCGUUCCCAUGUACCGCCGAUAUCGCGGCGUCCCCUUUCCACGAUGUCCAGACGGGACCUACAAGGACGAUGCUUCCUGCGUUUGACAGUCUCAUGGAGGAACGGAAGUACAGGAAGGAGCACCUCGCAUUGGUAUUCCGGAUCAUGCACCGCUUCAAACUAGCAGAAGGCAUUGCAGGUCACUGUAGUGUCCGAGACCCCGUCGAGCCGGAUACUUACUGGGUCAAUCCCCAGGGCAAGUCAUUCGCACUCAUGAAGCAAUCCGACCUCGUCCGCUUAUCGGUGUCUGACGGACGGAUGAUUGAGGGGGUCUCUCCUGUCGAUGCCUCCGCCUCGAGCAUCCACUCGCAACUUUACAAGACACUGGGACGGGGAGAGACUGGGGCGGAGGCGGUAGUGCACGUACAUGGACCGUAUACAAAGGCGUUCUCGAGUCUAGGGCGGACGCUGGAUAUGAUCAGCCAGGACGCGUGCUGCUAUCACGAUGAGCAAGCUCUGGUCCCCUUUGGAGGCGCGGUGUUUGACAAUAGGGAAGGGGAGCGGAUCGCCUCGCUAGUCGGGAAGGGCAAGAUCGCUAUCCUGCAGAACCACGGUAUCAUCUCGCUUGGCCGCUUAUCUAUCGACGAGGCUGCAUGGCAGAUCAACUUUGAGAUGUGUUGCCAAGCUCAGCUACUGGCCGACUCGGCGCGUAGACCGACCGACCCUAUCGUCCAGGCAGGUCCAGACGAGAUUGCGUCGACAAAGGCGGAGAUGGGGACGCCGGAGAUGGGCUGGUUCUCGCUCGCUGCGUAUGUCGAGGAGGAGGAGAGGCACUCGUGUGGGGAGCACAAGUUGUGA